CAGCCAAAGGGCCAGCGCCCCUGUUGCACUCUAAGUCUGUAGCUGCCGUGCUCUCUCUCUCUCUCUGUAUGGAGCUUUCAUCAUCUGCAGCUUCUUCCUUUCGAAUUUCUGCUUUAAUUCCUCACGGAAACACUUCUAUUCGCCAGAUUAAUCAUACCUGCAGCUGCAGACCCUCUGAUUUGUCUUUCAAAUGCUCUUCGAGUUCGUGCUCACUGCAUUUGAUUCGCCGCAUAAGCUGCUCCAGACCUGUCUCUAACCCACAUUACAACCAUUUUUCUAUCUGGGCCAGUUCUCAAGUUGGAGCUGCAGGAUCAAAUCCCGUGUUUAACAAAGUAUCAGAGUUCAAGGAUGCAUUCUGGAGAUUUUUGAGGCCCCAUACUAUUCGAGGAACAGCCUUAGGGUCAAUAGCUUUAGUAGCGAGAGCAUUGAUUGAGAAUCCAAAUUUGAUAAAGUGGUCACUGUUGUUAAAGGCAUUUUCUGGUCUUCUUGCUCUUAUAUGCGGGAAUGGUUAUAUAGUGGGCAUCAAUCAGAUAUACGAUAUUGGAAUUGACAAGGUAAACAAACCUUAUUUACCUAUAGCCGCAGGGGAUCUUUCAGUUAGGUCUGCAUGGUUUUUGGUGUUGUUUUUUGCAGUGACGGGCCUUUUGAUUGUUGGAUUGAACUUUGGUCCAUUCAUUACUUCUCUCUACUGUCUUGGUCUUUUCCUCGGCACCAUUUAUUCUGUUCCUCCAUUAAGAAUGAAGAGAUUUCCAAUCAUAGCAUUUCUUAUAAUUGCCACGGUACGUGGGUUUCUUCUUAAUUAUGGUGUGUAUUAUGCCACAAGAGCUGCUCUUGGGCUAACAUUUGAGUGGAGCUCUCCCGUGGCUUUCAUCACAACUUUUGUAACACUGUUUGCAUUGGUCAUUGCCAUAACAAAAGACCUUCCAGAUGUUGAGGGGGAUCGCAAGUUUCAGAUAUCAACCUUGGCAACAAAGCUUGGUGUUAGAAACAUUGCAUUUCUUGGUUCUGGGCUUUUGGUGCUAAAUUAUAUUGGUUCUAUAUUGGCAGCAGUUUACUUGCCUCAGGCUUUUAAACGCAGCUUAAUGAUUCCUGUGCAUACCAUUUUGGCAUUGAGUUUGAUUUUCCAGGCAUUGGUAUUAGAGCAAGCAAAUUAUACAAAGGAAGCAAUCUCAAGCUUCUACAGGUUUAUAUGGAAUCUGUUCUAUGCCGAGUAUAUUAUAUUUCCUUUUAUCUAACAUUCUUGGCUUAGAGAAAGAGAUUGUGUUUCUAGAAACUGCUUGUAUAGAACCGCAUAAUCAUGCAAAAGAGUGUAUUUUUCUGUAUAUAAUGUGAAAUGGGCGCAUUUUUGCAUCAACAUGUUUACACUGAAAACAAUGAAAUUGGAGGUGUUUAAUUUAUGGACCUA